UGAAGACAUAUUUUGACUCAUAAAUGUUAAUUUUAUACUUCGUACAUUACAUCUCCCAUGGGCCAUUUCCCCCUCUCAACCACAUCUCCACUACUGUCCUGUAAGUUCCAAUGGUGAUUCUUCUUCACCUUUUACUUCUCUCUGUAUCUCUUUUCCUCUUCAUCUUAUCAAGGCCAGUUUCAGCCGUGGACCCCAUUACAGAAUCUCUUUUGAGCUUGAAAUCCGAAGUGAUUGAUGAUUCCAACGCUCUGGGUGACUGGGUUUUACCCACUGUAGAACCGAAUUCUUCAACACAAAUCCAUGGAUGUUUCUGGUCUGGUGUGAAAUGCAAUGAGAACUCAACAAUGGUGGUUGGGUUAGACCUUUCUAUGAAGAAUCUCGGAGGGGUUUUAUCAGGGAACCAAUUUGGGGGUUUUCUUGACCUUCUUGAUCUCAACCUCAGUAAUAAUUCCUUCUCAGGGAAUCUCCCUCCCGGGAUUUUCAAUCUCAUUCAUCUCAGAACACUUGAUAUCAGCAGAAACAACUUUUCCGGCCAAUUUCCGGCCGGAAUCUCGAGUCUUGAGAACCUGGAGAAUCUUGAUGCCUUCAGUAACAUCUUCUCAGGGAACUUACCUUCUGAGGUCUCAAAACUUAAAUCAUUGAAAAUGUUAAAUUUUGCAGGCAGUUAUUUCAAUGGAUCAAUCCCCUCAGAGUAUGGCUUUUUGGGUAAUCUGGAAUUCAUCCAUUUAGCAGCGAAUUCCCUGACUGGGAAACUCCCACCAGAAUUAGGAAAGCUCAAAGCUUUAACUCACAUGGAGAUAGGCUACAAUGCCUAUGAAGGAAACAUUCCGUGGCAAUUUGGUAAUUUGAGUGAACUUCAGUAUCUUGACAUUUCCGGCGCAAAUCUCUCCGGCCAAAUUCCGAAAGAGAUUGGGAAUCUCACCAAGCUGGAGUCACUUUUCAUGUUCAGAAACUUUCUUGAUGGAAUCAUCCCCCAGGAACUGGGAAGAAUCAGUUCUCUCCAAAGCUUGGAUCUUUCCGAUAACAUCCUCUCCGGGCCUAUCCCGGAGACCUUUUCCGACCUCAAGAAACUCAAGCUUCUCAGUAUUAUGUACAAUGAGAUGACUGGGACUGUUCCCGAAGGCCUCGCGAAGCUUCCCGGACUCGAGCAUCUUCACAUUUGGAGCAAUUUCUUCAACGGGUCACUUCCAGAAAGCUUGGGGAGACAUUCGAAGAUCAAAAGCUUAGAUGUUUCGACAAACAGGUUUGUCGCCGGAAUUCCACCGGGAUUAUGCUCCGGCGGGGCGCUACAGAGACUGAUCAUGUUUUCCAACAGGUUUUCAGGCCGGCUCGACCCGUCCAUAUCAAAUUGCCCCUCUUUGAUUCGGGUCCGCCUCGAAGAUAAUUUAUUUUCAGGUGAAAUCUCUCUGAAUUUCAGCAAGCUUCCCGACAUAGCAUAUUUAGACUUGUCGGGAAACAACUUUUUCGGUGGAAUUCCCGCCGAUCUCAACUCAGCUACAAAACUCGGAUAUUUUAAUGUCUCUUAUAAUCCGGACCUUCGAGGGACAAUUCCGGAAAAAAUAUGGACAAUAUUGUCCCUUCACAACUUUUCCGCUUCCAAUUGUGGAAUUUACGGAAAUAUCCCUCCUUUCAAAGAAUGCAAGUCAGUAUCUGUUAUUGAAUUGAGCUUCAAUAACUUAUCAGGGGUAAUUCCGGAAAAUUAUAACUGUAAGGAAUUAGUGAAGAUGGAUUUAUCUUGGAAUAAAUUAACGGGUCAAAUACCGGAUCGGAUAUCGGCAACGUUAAAAAUACUUAACGUGUCGUUUAAUGAUAUCUCCGGGUCAAUCCCGAAGCAGUUUUGGGCCAUGGACAGCUCUUAUUUCAGCGGAAAUCCUAAACUCUGUGGACCGCCUUUACGGGCUUGCUCUAACGGGCUGGACUUAAGAAGUCGAAAGGCCCAGAGAGUUAUUUGGGCUUUAAUCACUUGCGGGGUGGUAGUCUUAUCUAUUAUAGCCGGGGUAUUCGUGGCUCUCUAUUACUACCACAAGGCCAACUGGAAAACGGUGUCGUUUAACGAGCUUCACCAGUUCAAACUCAACGAUAUUUUGAGGAGCUUCGAUUCGACCGACCCGGGUUCGGUUCGAAAGGCGGUUCUGCCCACGGGUAUAACCGUUUCGGUAAAGCGGGUCAAGUGGGCCCCAUCUAAGGCUACGUCGGAGUUUAUCAAGCAAUUGGGAAAUGCGAGGCACAAGAACUUGACCAGAUUGUUAGGGUUUUGUCACAACAAGGAUUUGGCUUACCUCGUUUACGAUUACUUGCCGAAUGGGAAUCUGGCGGAGAUGGUCAACGGCGGGGAGAAGAGAGAUUGGGGAACGAAGCUUAAAGUCGUGAUUGGGAUCGCUAGAGGACUUUGCUAUCUUCACCAUGAUUGCAAGCCCGCGAUUCCGCACGGGGAUUUGAAGGGGAGUAAUGUGGUGUUUGAUGAGAAUAUGGAAGCUCAUUUGGUUCAUUUUGGGAUUAGAUCACUCACUCGAUUACACAGAUUUAGUUCAUCAUUGCCUUCAAGAGAAACAAAGGAAGCAGAAGAAUUGCGGAUAGCAGAGAAAGAGGAGCUUUUCAAAGACAUAUACAACUUUGGGAAACUAGUAAUGGAGGUCUUAGCCAAUGGAAGAGCUAAGAGUGUAGAAGUUGCAGCAAACAGACAAAUGAAACCACACGCAGAUGGUGCUCUUCUUAGAGAGGUCCUAUUCGAGAAUGACAUCUCGCCUUCUAACCCAAUUCAGGUGGAGGAGGUGAAGCGGGUUCUUGAAGUUGGGUUGCUCUGCACAAGAAUUAGGGCAUCAAACCGGCCAUCCAUGCAAGAGGCUCUGAAGCUGCUUCAAGGUCAAAAGUGUCAAGAAAGUAACGUUCCAGAAGUGCUAUAAAACUGGAAAGAAGAUCCUGUAUAGUAAAGGCUUUUUAUUGUUGUAGUUUAUGUUUGUACUUUAGUCAGAUCCUUGAGGCUCUUUUUGGAUGGGGGGUUGUGGAGAAAAGGAUUAUGAAGGCUCAGUCUAUGACUUGGUAAAUAGAAUAUAAAUGAAAAUUAAAAAAAAAUGUGUUUGAAAAGCCAACUCCCAAACAUCUCAAAUAUCCAGCGUCUAAAACCCAACUCCAAAACUGAGCCUAAAAGAUGAUGUUAAUAUAAAGAUGAGGAAUUUGAAGGUUCUCGUUGUACUUUAUUGGGAGAAAUAUUUUUUAGAGUAAAUUAUUACAAUUAUUUUUGUUUCUGUUGUGGUCAU